AUGUCUUCUGAACCACGAGCUUAUCCUCUCCGACGACCAGACGGUCACCGACCACCCGUGCCGCGUUGGCACCUUGUUCUCGGGGAGGAUGUGGAAAGCGUUGCCACAGCAUACAUAGGCGUGCAGCCUCAUUUCUAUGACAGCGGCACUGUUCGGGCCGUGGAAGGAAUAACCGCGGCAAUUGAGGCAUGGCUUGCUGGAGACGAAGACAGCAGGCCUCUUGCAAGUGAACGUUUCAAACAUCUGGAUGGCGACGAUGCUCCAGAGGCAAGAAUCUGGGUCUGCUACUGGGAUGAUCCUGAACAGAGCAAAAACGGUCUACAAAAGCUUGAUCUCGCUUCCAUAUUCGCCCAUCUGGCACCGGAGAAUCAGCGUCGCAUCGGACUGUGGAGCGAAAGCUUUGCAACACCCACAACUCGCCUUGAAACGAACUAUUCCGGCCUAGACUACCUCCCGGGCCUGGCGAGAUUGCCAGGCGCGAGUACCCAAGAGCACACUCUCUCGGCAUACUGGGGUGCAGCAAGGGAUAGGAUUCCAUCAUCAGCUCACGAUCUGUUCAAAAAAGACGACGCAGCGGAGCGCACAACAGUUGAAGCUCGUCCCAAAGGACUGGGACAGCACUUAGUUGGGACCAACUACGACAAUAUGGUACACAUCCGCUCCGGGCAGUUUUGGGAGAACUGUGGUGUAGAAGAAACGGAAUCCUAUGAGAAACACCUUGAACCAACCCUGAGAACCGGCUUAACCUAUCUCUGGGAGAACCGAAAGGAUGGUGGCGCCAUGGGGCUGCGUUUUCUCGGCAAUACGGAUGCCAUGGGCCAUGUAAGAAAGGAGACUUGCGGCGCUGGCUUUUUUACCGACUUACAUUCCCUGGAAGAAUGGUCCAGAAGGCAUCGCUCUCAUCUUGCCAUCUAUCUCGGGGCUAUCAAGCAUGCGAAGACUUUCGGGGAUUCACGGAAGUUCCGUACAUGGCAUGAGGUUUCUGUGCUGAAACGGGGAGAAGCUGCAUUUGAGUACAUCAACUGCCUACCCACGACAGGUGUGGUCAGAUUUGUUCCGUUGGAUGUGGUGUAUGACCUUUUCUGCUGA